ACCCCUCUUCCUUCUAUCCCACUCCUCCUCCCCUUGGUGUAUUUCCUUGCUCACUUGGGGUAUAUGAUUGAUGCCAACCAAGGACCAAUGGAGCCUGGCAAAGGGAAAGCAAUGAAGGAGAAGCCAUCUGUUUAUAAUCAUGGCAAGAAGGUGGGUGUUGCUUUCUCUUCUUGGAGCAGAUCAAGGGAAGAGAACCUAGUCUUGGCCCAGAGACUGUCCCAGGAGAUCCCUCAAAACGUGGCUUCAUUCCUGUAUACUGGUGACUCUUGGGAACUGAAGCAGGCCAACUGCUCUGGGCGCUAUGAGUUGACUAGCUUGGCUGGAAAGUCUCGCUUGGCCUCACACCCCUCAUUGCACGGAACUCUGGAUACUCUCCUCCAGACAAUCAACUUUCUCAACAUGAUUCUGCAGAGCAAUAAAUCCCGUGAACAGAACUUGCAGGAAGACAUUGAAUGGUACCAAGUUUUGAUCCGAAGCCUGCUGGAGGGAGAUCCCAACAUCUCCAAGGCUGCCAUCACCUUCAGCCUAGAGCCCUUGUCCUCUGUCCCUCAGAUCUUUCUCCAAGCCAGUCGGCAGAAUAGCCAGAUCCUGCUGCAGGACUUAUCUUCAGUGGCUCAUCAGUUGGCCAAUGUGUCUAGUGAAACUGAGUGGUUCCAUAGUCUGAAACGCAAGUGGAGGCCACAUCAACAUCGGAAGACCUCAAAUCCUGGCUCUAAGGCCCAGGAAGGCAGCUUGAAAAAAAGAAAUGGUCAUCACCCUGCAGAGAAAAGUCAUAUCAAGUGGUCUUCCCCAUACCUGGAGUGUGAAGAUGGAAAUUACAAACCUACCUGGCUAGUAACAUUGUCUGCUGCUUUUUAUGGGUUGCAGCCAAAUCUCCCUCCUGAAUUCAGGGGUGUUGUGAAAGUUGACAUAAAUCUACAGAAAGUGGAUAUUGAUCAAUGUUCAAAUGAAGGCUGGUUUUCAGGAACUCACACAUGCAAUUUAAAUAAUACUGAGUGUAUACCAAUUAAAGGCCUGGGAUUUGUGCUUGGAGCCUACUCAUGCAUUUGUAAGACUGGAUUCUAUAAUCCCAAAAUAUUUUCAAUGAACAUCUUUCACAGAAAGGAUGCUGAGAGCCAUUUUUCUAGGAGUGAGAUGGCUGAGGAUUUGUACACCUGCUUGCCCUGCAGGGAAGGAUGUUCUGACUGUACAGAUGAUACUCCCUGCUAUGCACAGGAGGACCACUAUUUACGACUUGCUAUCAUCUCCUUCCAAACUCUCUGUAUGCUGUUGGACUUCAUAAGCAUGCUGGUGGUCUACCGUUUUCGCAAGGCAAAGAGCAUCAGAGCAUCAGGACUUAUUCUACUGGAGACUAUCCUAUUUGGAUCACUGCUUCUUUAUUUUCCGGUUGUCAUUUUGUAUUUUGAGCCGAGUGUUUUUCGGUGUAUUCUCCUAAGGUGGGUUCGUCUUCUGGGAUUUGCUACAGUUUAUGGAACAGUCACACUCAAGCUGCACAGAGCUUUGAAGGUGUUCUUUUCUCGAACAGCUCAGCGCAUUCCAUAUAUGACAGGUGGGCGCGUGAUGAAGAUGCUGACUGUGAUGUUUUUGGUUGUGGUGUGGUUUCUGACGGGCUGGACUUCAGCAGUCUGUGAAAAUUUGCAACGAAAUAUUUCACUCAUCGGCCGAGGGCAAACAUCGGAUCAUCUGAUCUUCAAUAUGUGCCUGAUAGACCGGUGGGAUUACAUGAUGGCUAUUGCUGAAUUUUUAUUUCUCUUAUGGAGCGUUUAUCUCUGCUAUGCAGUGCGGACAGUACCCUCGGCGUUUCACGAGCCACGUUAUAUGGCUGCUGCAGUUCACAUUGAGCUCAUUAUCUCUGCUAUAUUCCAUAUAAUUAGGUUCAGUCUUGCUUCAAGACUCCAGUCUGAUUGGAUGCUGAUGCUAUUCUUUGCGCACACACAUUUGACUGUGACAGUCACCGUUGGGUUACUUCUGAUUCCAAAGUUUUCCCAUUCAAACAACAAUCCACGAGAUGAUUUGGCUACUGAGGUCUAUGAAGAUGAGCUCGACAUGGGAAGAUCUGGAUCUUAUCUCAAUAGCAGUAUCAAUUCAGCAUGGAGUGAACAUAGUUUGGAUCCAGAAGACAUUAGGGAUGAAUUGAAGAAAUUGUAUGCCCAGUUGGAGAUCUAUAAAAGGAAAAAAAUGAUCACCAACAAUCCACACCUCCAGAAAAAGAGAUGCUCAAAAAAAGGUUUGGGUCGCUCAAUCAUGAGACGAAUUACUGAAAUUCCUGAGACUGUCACUAGGCAAUGUUCACGGGAAGAAAAGGAUUUUCUGGAACAUGGGAGUUCCAAAAACAUUGCCAUGGCAAGGAAAAAUCCACCAGAUUGUAGUGGACACAUCAAACCAAAAGAGGACUCUUUGAGAAACAGAGUUUUCUCCUUAAAAAAGUCCCACAGCACAUAUGACCAUGUCCGAGACCCAACUGAAGAGUCAAAUAGCUUAACCACAGAAAGUGGGGAGGUUAUUUCAAUUGCAGAGACAUCAUUAUUGGAUUGUCUUUCUGAAAACAAAGCAACCCAAAAACCUAUAGAAAAAACUGAAGCUGUGUCUACCGAAAAUGUCCCCUUGGUGUGCAAAUCUAUGAGUGCUCACAACUUAAGUGCAGAUAAGAAACCUCUCCAUCCAAGAACGUCUGUGAUACAGAAAUCACUUAGUGUUAUUGCCGGUGCCAAAGAGAAAACUGUGGGGUUAGGAGAGAAAACGCAAAAUGAAGAAAGUGUCAAGUCUCACAAGUCUCAACCAAAGAGCAAAGAGGUCAGCAAAAAGCACUCCAGCUCUGAAAAGGCUGACCAUAAAGAUUCCUAUCGAAGAAAUUCAACCCAAGCUGAAGAGUCAAAGAAGCCUCAUAAAUCUGGGAUAAUGAAACAACAAAAGUCCAUUCUCGAUGCAGGGGCUGGCAAAUGCCUGCUGAAGACAAGUAUUGACAUAGAAGAAAUUUGCCCUUGGGAAAUAUAUGACCAGACUCCAGAGACUGGACUUUCUGAUUCUAAAACUCAAAAGCAUGUCUCUAUUGCUUCCUCUGACUCAGAGACUCUCCACCCUUCUCAAACAAAGGGCCAACCUCAACCUAAGACUACUGAAGAGUACCAGAUACCCCUUCAAAAGAACACUGAGAAAGCGGACGUGACUCCUUGGGAGAUUCAAGAAGAACAUGAGGUGGAAGAAGGAGAAAAUUGGAGUCCCAAAACUCUGCAAGGGGUUUCUGGGACAAAAAGUGAAAAUAUUAGUAGCAAACAUUAUACAGAGGGUAUUUGUGCUGAAGAUUCCAAGGGCAUGCCCCACAAAACGACCAUUCAAGCCACAGAGAAAGAUUUCACCAAUAAACUAGGAAUUCAGACAAAACAUGCAUCUUCCUCUCCACCAGGAAAUGCAUUUCCUUCUAAUCCUGCUAGAUCGGCAACUAAUAAUUCACAGAAACCUUUAAUGUCUCGUGUGGAAAUCUGCCCUUGGGAGUAUGAGGGGCCAGAAUUACCAAAAGCAGAAAGAAACACAGCUUUAUCAAAUGCAACCAACUUAAGCUCAAAUAAAACAGAGGUGCAUCAGAAAUAAGAAGAAAGACUGUGAAAAAGAGAUGCCA